AUGGACGACUCCCCCGGCGAGGAACACCUCGCCUUCAUGCGAUGGGCCGAGUCGGCCGGGAUCAAGAUCAAGGGCGUCACGCCAGCGCGAUUCCCCGGCCGACGACUCGGGAUGAAAGCCACGCGAACAAUAAGAGAAAACGAGACCAUGCUCUCCAUCCCCGUCUCCCUAAUGUUGACCAUCGACUCCAUCCCGGAGUCCUUCACCGCGCGGUUCCACCCCGCCACCUCCAUCCACGGCAUCAUGGCCGCGUUUCUAACGCACGGGGACCCAGCCCUUCUGCAAGCCCUGGAUCCCUGGCGGCGUGUCUGGCCGACUUACCAGGAAUUCGAGGACUGCAUGCCGGUCCUCUGGCCGGAGCAUCUCCGGGUAUCGAAUUCCAGCUACGAAACCACCUCCACCACCCCAGCGGAGAAAGGUGAUCAAAAGAACGAGAAUAGUAAAACCCUCCUCCCCCCCUCCAUCUCCGGCCUCUGGAACACCCUCCCCAGGGAAUCCGCCGGAGCAGACUACGACACGCGGUACCAGAAUCUGCUCUCGAAGCAAGAGAAACGGCUGAAAGAUGCGUGGGGGCACGUCCGCGCGGCGUUCCCGGAGACGCGGUGGGAGGCGUUCGCGUAUUAUUGGUUUAUCAUCAACUCGCGGAGUUUCUAUUAUGUUUCGCCUGGCAAGGAGGAGCCGGAGGAUUGGAAUGAUGCGAUUGGUAUGGUGCCAUUUGCGGAUUAUUUUAAUCAUGUGGAUGAUGCGGCUUGUGAGGUCGAGUUCGACGGUAAGAAAUACACCUUCAAGGCCACAAGACGAUAUGAAAAAGGAGAGGAAAUCUUCAUGAGCUACGGCGCUCACUCUAAUGAUUUUCUUUUCGUCGAAUACGGCUUCACCCUCCCCACCAACCCCUCCGACAGUAUCUACCUCGACGACAUAAUCUUUGCCUCGCUCUCCACCGCCCAGAAAAAAGAACUCGCGGCGCAGGAGAUAUUUGGCAACGCAAGCAACUACGAAAUCACCCACACAAGCACCACAAACCCGACGCUCUUCGCCGCCGCACUAACCUACAUGCCUGUGCGGAGCUGGCGGAGCUACGUCUCCGGACGGUCCUCGCGGGGAGUCGACUCCCAGAAAUCCGCCUCAGUAAUCAAGGCGUGGGCCGAGCAGAGCACGAACCCGAGUAACAGCAACAGCAGCAGUAACAGCAACAAUAUGUCCAAAGCGUGA